AGCUCCGGUGCUGCCACCCAGGGAUGGGGACAGAGGGGCCGUGCGCCCCGAGACCCCCCUGCCCACGGGGCUGACCAGCUGCCCUCGACCUUUCUGCCUGCCGUUUCCUCGCUCUCCUGUGAGUGACGGGACAAAAUGAGCCCGUUCCUGCCGUUAAGCCAUGACAGCCAAUUUCCUGCAGACAAGAAAAAGUCAUAAAAUUGCAUCUCCAUCCCCACGUGCGUGGCUGCUGACUUAAAAUGGCUGAAGGACCAAAGGUGUUCAAGAAGACCAGCCCCAACAGCAAGCUGUCCAUCUACCUGGGGAAGAGAGACUUUGUGGAUCACGUGGAGUCGGUGGACUCCGUAGAUGGCGUCUGCCUGAUCGACCCGGAGUAUCUAAAGGACAGGAAAGUCUACGUGACUCUAACUUGCGCAUUUCGCUACGGCCGAGAUGACCUCGACGUUAUUGGGUUGACCUUCAGGAAGGACCUCUAUGUCCUGACCACCCAGAUCUUCCCACCGGUGCCGGACCAGGCACCCAAAACCCUCACUCCUUUGCAGGAGAAGCUGUUGAAGAAGCUGGGGGAGAAUGCCUACCCCUUCACCUUUGAGAUGGCCACCAACCUGCCCUGCUCGGUCACUCUCCAGCCAGGGCCAGAUGAUGUGGGAAAGGCCUGUGGUGUGGACUUCGAGGUCAAAGGAUUUUGUGCUGAAAAUCUGGAGGAGAAAAUUCACAAGAGGAACUCGGUGCGCCUCAUCAUCCGCAAGAUCCAGUUUGCACCCCUGAAGAUGGGGCCACCCCCGAAGUCGGAGACCACGCGGCAGUUCAUGAUGUCUGACAAGCCCCUGCACCUCGAAGCCUCCCUGGAUAAGGAGAUCUACUACCACGGAGACCCCAUCAACGUGACUGUCAAUAUCAACAACGCGACCAACAAGAUUGUGAAAAAAGUAAAGAUCUCGGUUGAUCAGAUCACAGAUGUGGUCCUUUAUUCGCUGGAUAAAUACACAAAGACUGUGUGCACCGAGGAGAUAAACGAGAACGUGGCAGCUAACUCCACCUUCUCCAAAACGUACUCCGUCACCCCCAUGCUCUCCACCAACCGGGAGAAGAAAGGCCUCGCUCUCGAUGGAAAACUCAAGCACGAGGACACCAACCUGGCCUCCAGCACUGUCCUGAGACCCGGCAUGGACAAGGAGGUGCUGGGCAUCCUGGUGUCCUACAAAGUGAAGGUCAACCUGCUGGUGUCCCGAGGAGGCAUCCUGGGGGAUCUCACUUCCAGUGACGUGGGUGUCGAGCUGCCUGUCAUCCUGAUGCACCCGAAGCCUGCGGACGAUAAGCCAAGGAGCGAGGAGGACAUCGUCAUCGAGGAAUUCGCUCGCCAAAAACUCAAAGGGGAGAAAGAGGAGGAGGAGGAGGAGGCGGCCGAAAAAGAGGAAAGCUAACCCGCUGCCCAGGGCCGACCGCCGCUCCCGCACGCCCCGGUUUGGGAUGUGGACGCCCUCAGCACGUUCCCCGCGGUGCUGUGUGUUCCCCACAGUGUCCCCCCCUCCUCCCCCGGGCUCCUGGCACCGACUCCAAACCCUGGUCGCGGCGGCGGGAGCCGCUGAACCUCAUCCCGGUACCGUCACGCCGGGAA